AUGGCUUACCUGAACGCAACGAAUGACGAGUGCAUCUUGAGCAUUUGGGACGGGAUCACACCUCCACAGCACCUGCCGGCACAUGUCCCUGCUGAGCUGGCAUCGUGCGCACAUGCCUACGGCCUGCAGACAGCAAGCGAUGCCUGCCGCCUGCUGGCAGCGUCGGCAGUGGAGAGCAGUGACUGGACAGUGGCAGCGCUGGAUGCGCUGGAGGUGAUUCUGGGGAAUCUGAGCAGAGGCUUCAAGUCGGCAGGCCCUUGGCGGCACGGCCUAGGCGGCAGGGAGGCCAACAGGCUGCUGCAGAACCUGCAGGGGUCGCUGGAGGCCGCACAGAGCCAGAUGAGGCCCAGCGCCAAUACAGGCGAUUCCACAUUGGCGGCUGAGUCAGCGGUGUUGGUCAUCGCCAGCCUGGACGAGGCAUACUACGCGCUGCUUGAGCACCACCUUAGCUGCGGCCAUGAGACGCCAUCUGUGCCGCCGCCUCAUGUCUACCUGCCUGCGAUCGUUGCAGCAAAUCCGGGCAAUGCCGGCGCAUGCAAGCGGAUGGUGCGGGAGAGGGCGCCUUCUGAGGGAAAGCAACUGCUGCGGAAGGUCUGGGGAGUACGCAAGGUGGAUGGACAGCUGGCAUUACCUGAUAAGGCAACGGUCAACAACCCGCUGCUGACGGUCAUGUGGGCGCGGUUUCAGGAGGGCUGCCGCCUGCUCUAUGCUUCAGGUUUAGGCCUGCAAGGAGAGAUGGACGCUGCAGCUGCAGCAGAGGAUAAGCGCAUAAGGAGUCGGGCAGGCAGACGAGCCCGGCCGGGCAGCCAGGCAGCUCUCCUCCAAGGCAGCGCCAAAUAUUGCCGAGAAAAAGCGCACAUCACAAAGCGGCCCCGGUCGCUGCAGGCUGAUGGAGACAGUAGCAGCGCUGAUGUCAGCAGCAGCAAUGGGAGUGAGGAAAAGCAGAGCAGAGAUGAGUCAUCGGACGCAUCAUCAGCAGAUGACAUGAGCGAUGAGCUGGCGCCAGCAUGGCGCGACGGCGCGGCCCAGCCGGGUGAGUCGCCGUGGCCGGCACACAGGGCGCUCAGAGAGUGGCGCCAGGCUGGCAGAGAGUGCCACCUGUAUGCUUACGCACCCUCCACCAGGGAGGCGUUGGAUGCACUAGCAGAGAGGGCGCCGCUGGUGGAGGUCGGGGCAGGUCUGGGCUACUGGGCAGCUGCCCUAAGGGCAGGGGGCGUGCCUGUUCUGGCGCUGGACUCCCACCCGCCCGGCGGCGCUGCCUCCAACAGUUACCACGGCCGAAUCCCCUCCUUCACCAAGGUGGCACAGGGGGGUCCCAAGGCUGUUGCAGGCCAGUCAGAGCGCCAAACACUGUUCCUGGGUGACUGCGUGUGCGUGGUGGGUGAGUGGCUGGGUGACACAGCUGAUGAGUCAUUUGCGGCCGCCUUGCUGGCGGGCUGGCGCUUAGUAAGGCGUGUGCCUCUGCCCAACUGGACCGACACCGCGCAUGAGCUCACCAUCUGGCGGAGAAAUUAUGCCAAAUCAGGCACGGACGGUGCCACGAACGGCUUUGAUAAUAGCCAGGAGCAGACUCUGAAGACGACAGCCACCACUGACAAGCCUGCCUUCGUGAUUCCCUUCAAACCCAUCGAUGGCCCGACCGUGUGGUAUGGAGGAGAUCUCGACGAUGUUGCCUACGAGUUCACCCCGAAGGAUGUUGAGGAGAUCCUGGGCGCUGUGGCUGCGGUGGAGAAGAGACAGCUCAAGGUAGACGAAAUCACCCGAGAGGACUUUGUGCUCCCAACGCUAGGACCGAAGCUAGAGACCAUCCACAAAGACCUGAUCUUUGGCCGUGGGAUCCGGCUGCUAAGGAAUGUGCCGCUGGGAUUGGACGUCACUUUGCAGCAGUCCAUAAUUGCCUUCUGGGGCAUCAGCACCUAUUUUGGCAAGCAAGUGCCCCUGACUCAGGUGGGGCACCUGGUGGGGCAUGUGCGAAGUGAUGAGGGGGUGACUAAGCGGGUUAGUAAUUGCACACCUGUCCCCCUGGGCUACCACGCCGACAACUCGGACAUCGUGCUCCUGGGAUGCCGCAGCCAAGCCCCAACCGGCGGAGACAGCAGCUGCUGCAGCUCACACGCUCUGCACAACGAGAUCCUGUCCCGCCGCGCCGACUUGCACAGGGUCCUGUCGGAGCCAUUCUACUCUGACCGGCGGGAGUGGUGGCCGGAGGGAUCGCCGCCGUACUACAAGUCCCCCUUCUUCCACUACCACCAAAACACUCUGGGGGUCCAGGAGGUGCAGGCCAACAUCGAGGAGGUGGCCGAGCACUUGGGAGCGCCUCCCGUGAAGCCAGGCCAGGUGGAGGCAGUCAAGUUUGUGCAAGAAAUCGCUGCAGAGCCCAAAGUGCGAUUUGAUGACGGUGCCAGCGAGGCGGAGAAGCGCCACAUGUUCAGAAUCUGGAUUGCAUCUCCCCUCGGCUGGCCGCUGGACCCCCUGUAUGCUGAGCGGUGGCAGACGGUGGCGGUGGGGGAACGAGGGGGACUGGAAGUCCGGCCCCCCUUCAAGCGCCACGAUUUCAACGACUGGUUUGCGCUGUACGGCAGCAAAGCGACCACCGAGCACCUCAAGCCGGCCGCCUCGCGCGCGCAGAAGCAGGACAUACUACGCAAGUUCUACCCAGCUCUGGACUCGAGUGCCAAGGGGGGAGGAGAGCAGCCUGCGCUCAUCAGGGCCGAGGCCUGA